AUGAAUGGUAAACAAAAUGUAUCACAUUCAUCAGAUAGACAUGUUUCUUUAGCCAAUAUAGCAUCAGCAUUUAUAACCGAAAGAAAAUCAUCAUCUCGACGUCAAAAUAGUGUUCGUCGUAAAAAACGUUUAACCGUUAAAGAUCGACAACAAUCAAAUCAUAUUGAACGUUGUCUUGAAUCUGUUACAUCAUCUGAAACUGCCAUGCCAUUUAGAUCAACAUCUCCAAUCAUUUGUUCAACAAUAUCGAAUGUACAUAAUACAAGAGAGCAUAUAGCUCUGUAUGCCAUGAGUAAACAACGACAAAAACCAACAAUAAAGUCAAAUUUAUCUUUCUAUUCUCCACAUGAAUGUGUACUCAAUACGAGUCCUACAUUCGAUACAAAUAUUAAUCGUACAAUAAAAUCAACACAAGUAUCGUCAUCUUCAUCCACUACCUUAUCAACAACAAAUAUUAACAAAGAAUCAAAUUUAACAACAUGUAAUCCGCCAAUAAUUCUUCAACCUCAAACUCAGAUAUCAAAUUUUUCAUUUGAUCAAAUAUGUCCAUCAUCAUUAUCAUUACAAAACAAAAAAGAUCGAUCAAGAGUUAGUGGUGUACCAACGAGUUAUGCUCAAUUUUUAAAAUCAAGAGAUAUCGAUAAAGUGAAAAAAAUCCUUUCUCAAGAAGAUCAGCGACUAUUACUAUCAAGUGAAUUUUUUGAAGAUGGUAAAGAUAGUGAUCCAUAUGUAUCGGUUAUUGCCCGUUUAGGUGAAGCUAUCCAAGAUUCAGAGACGCUCGCUGAAUUUGUUAAAAAAUCAUUUUCAAUUGUCACAAAUACAUGUGUCAAAUAUUUAAAUGAAUGUCCUGUACAACCCAAUCUUCCUGUUUAUUUACUUGUUGUGGGUUCAAUGGGUCUUGUUCGUGUAUUAAAUUUACUUUGGAAACAAUUUCGUCGACGACGAAUGCGUAAAAAUGAGGGUAUCGAAUUAGAUCAAGAAGAAGAACCAGAUAUUGGUAACGGUAGUGGUUUCACAGAUGCUAUUUUAAAUUUGUUUUUAUUGGCUUGGUUUAUUGUUGGACAGUUUUGGACAUAUAGUGUAUUUAUGCCAAGAUUCGAAGCCGAAUUAUUAAAUCCACAUAAUUAUUGUCAUAAAAAUGUUUACAUUUUCACGCUGAUUCAUAUUGGUUUCGUUUAUGUAAUGUUUUUAGCAUCUAUUAUUUUUUUAAUUGCGCUAACUAUGUGCGCUGCUUGUCCACAUAUACUCGUCAAACCUCAGAGAUGA